AAAAAAGAAGCCCACCCAAAACCUAAAAAAUUAAGAAAUAAAGCCCAAAUCAAUCGAUCUCACUGUUUCUUCUUCAGGUCUACUUCCUAUUUCAAACAACGGUUGCUUAAUCACUUCGCAAAUGGAAGCGAAGAUCAGCGGGUUCUUCGACUCGGUCGCUGCCUUCUUUGGGGGCGGUGAUCAGAUCCCAUGGUGCGACCGCGACGUCAUCCACGGCUGUGAGAGAGAAGUUGCAGAUGCUGCUGAUGCUGACUCGGAGGACCUCAAGCGUGAGAGUAUCAUGCGUUUGUCAUGGGCUCUUGUUCACUCUAGACAACCAGAAGAUGUGCAGCGUGGGAUAGCUAUGCUUGAAGCGUCGCUAGCAAACAAUAGCACACCCUUGCAGCACAGAGAGAAGCUUUAUCUCUUGGCUGUUGGAUACUUUAGAAGUGGUCAAUAUUCAAGGAGUCGGCAGCUUGUAGAACAGUGUUUGGAGAUUGCACCUGACUGGAGGCAGGCUCUUUCCCUUAAGAAGGCAAUUGAAGAUAAAAUAGCAAAGGAUGGUGUAAUUGGAAUAGGCAUUACUGCUACUGCCGUGGGACUUAUAGCUGGUGGUGUUGCUGCAGCAUUGGCUCGCAAGAAAUGAUGGUCGCCAUCCUGAUGUGCAAAAUAAAUAAUGUUCAAGACAUGCCUUCUUUUUUCUUUUUUUUUUCCCUUGGGUGUUCUCUACUUUUUUUUUUGAAACAUCUUAAAUAAAGGAUCUGAAUAUAGUAGAGUUUGUCUGUA